CUCAGCCUCCCAUUUCCCGGGACGUCGGGGCAAGCCGGUUUCCUCCCGAGCCCGAGAGGCGCCGCGCGGCCGCCAGAGGGCGCCCCGGGGCAGCUCGGCCGGCGCCAUGGCCGCGGCUCGCGUGCUGCUGCUCCAGUCCGGGCGUCCGGAGGCCGUAAGCUUCGCGCGCAGUGUGUGUGGCCUCCUGGGCGCCGGGCCGGGGCUGGGGCCGUGGCCCACGUACUGCGGCUUCGAAAGAGGACGGCUCGUCCUCUCGGCCGAGCCAUUCCCAGGCUCCGCGGCCAAGCUUCCGCUCCAGCGACCCCCUUUCUGCCCUUUCGCCGCCCUGGAACAGCAGCCCACGUCCCCCGGGGUCGAGCUGCCCACGCAUCGAGGUGUGGACCUGGGUGUGGCCAUCAUCCUGCAGUCCAGUGACCAGACCGUCUUGUUGACCAGAAGGACACGCACCCUCAGGACUUCCCCCAACCUCUGGGUGCCACCAGGUGGGCACGUGGAAGCGGAUGAGGAGCUGCUGGAGGGAGGACUUCGGGAGCUUCAGGAGGAGACUGGACUACAGCUGCCCCAGGGCCAGUUCUCCUGGGUCCCUCUAGGACUGUGGGAGUCUGCCUACCCCCCUAGGCUGAGCUGGGGUUUCCCCAGAGCCCACCACGUUGUUCUCUACCUGCUUGUGGUCUCCCAGGAGUCACAGUUGCAGCUGCAGGCCAGGAUCCAACCAAACCCAAGUGAGGUGAGUGCUUUUACAUGGCUGGGACCAGAUGUGGCGGCUGCAGUGGCUGCCACAGAGGAUGGUACAGAAACGCCCGGAAGUCUCUCCCAGGACCUGCCACUCUCUGUCAGUGCUGUGCAACUCGCGGAGCAGGGAGGAACCCAGCCCCUGGCCCUGCCCCUGGCCUUGCUGCUGCGCACAACCCCUCCCACGGCGGCGGAGGACCAGGAGAGGGUCAGCAGCGGCACCAAGUUUGCCCUGGGGCUCUGGCUGCAGCAUCUGGGCAGGGAACGUGUGGCACCUCCCACUGCUACAUGAAGGUGAAGCUCACGUGGACCCAGGCCGACAGAGGAAGAACGGAACCCAGACCCUCCUCCCCAACAUCAGGCGUCUGGGGAGCAAAGCGUGUUAUCCCCUCUCUGGCUCA